AUGACCGACAAAACAAAGCAAAAAUGGAAUAUUAGUGAUGAAGCGUAUUUAGAAAAAAAUGGCUUGACUAUGGAGUUUUUUUCAUUAAUGGAAAACAAUGCAUUGAAAGAAUGUUUUGCUUUAGUCAAGGAAAACAUGCAAUGCCUUUAUGAAAACAGCGUUUUAAGAUGGGAUGAAGGAGAAAAAUGGAGAGAGAUGAGCAUGGAUACUCUUCGCUAUGUCUGUUUAUAUAGUACCGAACGGCAUGAGUUGGUUGGUUUUAUGAGUUUUGAAGAGACAGUCGAAGCCGAUCUUCCAUGUCUUUACUUAUAUGAACUUCAGAUUACAAUGAAGAUGAGAAGAAAAGGAUGUGGAUCUUGGCUUAUGAAACAGCUACUACGCAUCGCUGAGCGAAGACAAAUCCCGUAUGUCUUUCUGACCGUCUUUGGUAAAAAUGAGCAAGCUCUCAAAUUCUAUCGUCAAUUUCAUUUUUCACCGCAUGCAACAUCUCCUCAGUCAAAAAUGUUUCGAUCUGGUAAAGUUGUUCAUCCAGAUUACUACAUCUUAUACACGCGUGUAUAA